GUGAAGGUGUCGCGUGCGCCUUAAUGUCGCUCGAAGCGCCAUCUAGCGGACAUUUGACGAACGUUGUCAGCUGCUUAGCAUAAACCACGACCCCUGACUGAUUGACAGUAGGACAGUUGGUGUGGUGUUGUCAUUUGGCCCAUCAGAGGAAGUUCUGGCUGGGAAGAGCGCCAUGAUGGACAAAAUGACAACAUAGGCCACUAGCCUGGGAAGAAAGAUCUUUCUUUUCGAUUUUAAACGUGCAGCAAACCGGAGGUGAGCCUGGCAGCCGAAACAAAAGUGAGGAAUUGAAACGAGGAAAGUGAAGUGCAGUCAAGUGCAGUUUUGGUGUUGUUGUUUUUGGUUAAUGCUCUUGGUUAUUAAAUACCAAAUAAGCAAAAGGAAAAAUAUAUUUGGAUGAUCUCAAACAGAAAAACUAUGAAUUGAAUAUAUUAAGAUCCCAAGUAAAACAAAUAGUUUAAAAAAAAAAAAAAAUAUAUAUAAAAAAUCCGAGUCGAACUGUUUCUAUUUCUUUAUUGAAAAAAAAAAAGAAAACCAAAGAACUUUCAAAAACUAAUCAACAAGAAAGAGGAAAACCAAAUUAUCUUUAAAACUAAACUACCAACUAUUGAAUUAGAAAUUGCAUUAAAAGCUACGCUUAAAAACCGACUUAAUAGCUAAUCUUUUAAAGCAAAAGAAACUGAAUAAAAAGCUGUUAUUAUUAAAACAAAAAAAAAAAAGAACUACAUUACGAACUAAUUAUAAACUAAAAAUCAAUUGAAAAAAAAAGACGAUUAAAACAACCGCUCAGCUUGCUCACCACCGGCUCAUCCUUUCUGCACCAUCGUGGGACUUCCAGAACAAGGCACUCACAUUCAGCAGUGUCCCCAGGUGAUAGCUUACCUAGACUUACUCCUAUACUCCACACAUUGACGGACGGACGGACGGACGAAUAAAUUAUCUAAAAAUAGAAGAGAAUAAAUUAGUUUUGUUAGGUAGGCAUUUUUAUUAUAUUUGGUUUAUACUUAUCUUUUAAAAGACCAAGUCUAGCUUUGGUUGGUCUAGUUCCAUACCCCAUAGAUAGAGCUCUUUCUAGCCAGGUAGGGAGUUUCCGUAGGGAUGUUUGUCCCAGCCAAAUCAACCCGACUGCCAUCCUUUCAGGCGUGAGAUAAUGGCCUAAUGAAAAGAAAAUUAUAAAGAGAAAACUAAUUUAAAAACCCUUUUAUUUUUGUUUAAUAAUACUAAUACUUACACAAUACUAUUACAAGAUUUGGACGGACAUAGACGGACGGACAGCACGUAAGCUUCCAGCGGGGGCAGACCCAUGUUCGGCGGCAGGAGCCCUGAAAGAAGAAGAGGAAGCGAUGAGAGGCCAUUAAAUCCGAUUAAAUCUAGCCAUGUACCCAUAAAUAUUAGUAUAUGUAUCAGUUUCUUUUACAUUGUUUUUUUUUAAGCUAAAGUCUAUUGAAUUGCAGUAACGUCGUGACUAGUUUUACCCUUUUAAUCAAUGUUUAAAGAAUGUGAAUUUUUGAACUUUGAUGAGGCCAUUAUGGAUUGCUUUAGGAAAUAAAACCAACUUGAAAUGUUUAUAACGUUCUUGAAAAAAAAUGAUGUCUUUUACUAAGAUCGUGUAGAUCUUAAGGAGGGGAUAGGAGGGGGAUAGUAAGAUGAAGAGGUAGGUACGGGGCAACAGGUUUCCUUUGUUGCUAUGGUGGAGCUCCUGCUCCAGAGGGAGGGCUAUUCCUCGUCGGAACACCAGACGAGAAGGCAUUCCGGCAGGUAGGUGUGGUGCUUCCUUUUUAUCAUUAGACAUAUUAGUUAGUUUAGUUGCUGUUUCUCUUUCGGGCCAGACAUCCCCUUUACUUUUCUAGACUGGCAUGUAAAACUUUUUGUUCCUGUGUUUGAUUCGCUUGCGCAAAGAACCACCCCAUCCGGCGAGCACUAGCCGCGCAUACGCCAUCAUGCCAGCAAGCGACAAGCGGUCAUCGAGAAUAUUGAAUCCAUUAUUGAACCAGGACAGGACAAAAUGGCGCCCAACGUGGGGCCCGAAAAAGAAACAUAGGUUUAGUUUAGUAGUACGAUUUAGAUUUUAGGUCACGUAGGGUUAAUCUCAAGAGUCCUCUGCGUUUGCCAAUACUCUAAAUCGUGCCUUAGAAAGACAAACGAAUUCGCAUUUAGUCUAGGACCCAACCGGAAGUCGUUAGACAGAUUAGGAUUGGUAGCCAUAGGUUAGACUAGAGUUAAGGUUUGUUAUAAUUGCAAUAGUUUGAAUUAAUUAGAAAUGGUAAGUGUUUGCUAGGAAGUUUUUCUUGUGAUGGAUUAGGAGUUUCCGGUCCCGGCAGGAUUUCAAAUAAAUUAGUCCGCGAAGCCGUCAACCUUCCUGGGGUUUGAGCAGAAGGCUCCUGGUAAACACAUCUUAUUGUGAGUCUGCCCUAAUUUAUGGUCUUAGUUUAGUUAGUAAUAUACUAGGGGACUAAUAGCUUUAAUUUAGGGUUAGUCUACAAUACCAGCCAUUAGAGUAAGUAACAAUAGACCGAAAGUACCUCACCGGAGUCUGACUGGAGGGGUCAUUGUGCUCCUAGCCAUCGGUCUCAGACCAAACUAAUGUUCACCAGGCAUCUCUCCGGUCAAAGUCUGCGUGAGGUAUUCCUUUUUCCAUUAGAGUUCAUCCGAAGCACCCACAAACCUGUAAGGAAGCAAUAACACGUUCAAUAAGGCUGAUAAUUGUCAAUUUUAUUGGAAUAUAUAUACCCUACUCUUCAUCUUACCCACCCCUGAAAAACCUAUCCCCAACAUCUUAAGCAUUUCAAGUACUUUUCGUUUCGCAGUCUAGUUUUUGUUUUUGGAUUGAAGUUUUUAAUUUUCUUUACCUAAGCUUUUGUAGCCUUUUACUAUUUAGGUUAAUAAUUUGAAUUUUGAUGUUGAAUUUUUGUUCAGGCUUCAGAGAGAUUUAGGCUACAGUCUUAGGACAAUUUAGUUUUAGGUUGAGGUAUUAAUCGACGUUUAGGUUAUUAUUAUUGUUUUUUUCUUAUAUAUAUUUUGGGUUUGAAUUUUUAUUUGAAUUUGCGUUUUUUAAGCCCUGAUUUUUUAUUGAAAUUGUGUGCAACAUAUUUUAUAGUGAGUGUGUGCGUUGGCUGACGAGUUAGUAUUUCUUUUUGGUUAUUAAUUGAUUAUAGAGGAAUGGUAUUAACCAGAAAGGGAAGCAGGCUACAGCCAGACAUGAAUGACAACAUUCCGAUUUCCGCAUCAGGACCAGACACUCGUCCGAUGGCGGAGAACACUGCUGUGACCGCUGCGACCACAAAUCCUACCAACGCAGUUGUGGAUACCGCGACGACAUCGUCACCCGCACCGCAUGUAUUGAGUGAUGUGUCCGUGAGUUCGGAGGCGUUAAACAACACGGUAGUUUCGCCAGAAUUCGCUAGCCAGACCGCCCAAGACAUACGGCGAGAUUUUCGGCGAGAUGACAUGGGAUUCCAAAGGGCCUCAGGACAUGGCAGUGAGCUAAACGAGAUGGCGGCAUCCGUUGGUUUGAUGCAGGCGCAAUUGAUGAGGAGCGUGGAAGAAAUUAAGCAAUUAAGAAAUGAGUUGAGCCAGCAGAUUUCGAGUGUGAGGCAAAGUGGUCCACCUGUGGUCACUCAGCAGCCGCCUCCAAGCAUGGCUAUACCCGCUCACCGGGCCAGGACAGAGAACCAAUUUUUGCUACCACCGCCAGGUUUUCGCCAACCCAGAGAAAGUAAUCAAUUGCCGAAUCGCCCAGUUACACAACCACCAUUGGCAGGCUCAAGGGUAAAUCCACCACCGUUGUCUGCUCCAGGAGCAGGGUUUAGACCCCCACCGAACUAUGAUGCUACACAUGAGCGCUAUGCAUUCCAGCCAGCCGAAGCUCCUUACUGGCAGUCUCCACAGAGCAUGCCAUAUCCCCCAGUACCAUCUCCAGGUCCGAGAUAUGACGUGAAAAAGUGGGGAGUCCGUUUUGAUGGUAGCGACCAGAUAAUGGAUGCAGAGGAUUUCAUUUUUCGCCUAGAGUCCAUGAGGCAGGAUUACGGGUAUCCGUAUGAAGAGCUGCUCAGGGACUUCCCACAGCUACUCGAGGGCAGUGCGCUGGACUGGUACUGGCAACAGCGGCGGAUCGCUCCCUUCAAUCACUGGGGACAUCUGAGAGAAGCAUUUUUAGCCCAGUUUCGACGCUUCCAGAAUGAGUUCCAGAUACAAAAAAGGAUUAUGGACAGACGUCAAUUACCAAACGAGCCAUUCGAGGAAUUUUUCAAUGAAAUUAUUAAAAUGAGGAACCAACAACGAGUGCCUUAUAAUGAGUGCGACCUAGUGGAAAUCAUGAAGGGAAAUUUGAAAUCGUCCCUAGCUGCUUUGAUUUUCCCAAUACGAAUACACGGUUUGAACCAUUUCCGCCAAGAGGUAAAGCGAGCCGAGGCGAUGAUUGCAGGACAAAGGCAGGCUUACCAGCAAAGGCCCUACCAGCCGCCAAGAGUCCAUGAGCUGCAUUACGAAGAAGCUUUCGUCGAGCCUAGGAACGAAACGGUCGGUGUAGAAGUAGACGCGCUGAGGGAUACAACUAAAUACACUUGCUGGAAUUGCCGGAAGAGGGGUCACAGCUACGUCGAGUGUCCGAUGCCCAUAGGCCGAGUUUUUUGUUUUCGCUGCGGUAAAGAGGGAGUAGUAACACCAAAGUGUCCUAAGUGUCAGGGAAACUGGCCACGGAGCGCGCCUCGUACUGCGGAAGCGCGUUCCACACAGACGGAACCCCCACAGCAGUGAACGAAGCAUACAUACCAACGACUAAUAUUUCCGAUUCAGCACCAAUUAGAAUUCUGGUUAAUCAGGAACCAAAGAUCAUUAAGAAAGAUAGCCACAUUAGAGAGUUGAAGCCUUUGCAUGUGCGUGUGAGAGAAUACGAGGAAGCUAGAGCUAGGAUUUUUGGUAGCAUUUCGCCGAAGGUAAAGAGGGCGCGAGAGCGUUACAAGCGCAGGAGGCAAAUCCGUCACGCUAUUGCUUCUGCUUCUUUGUAUGAAGGUGACGAUGCGAGGCUAUAUACCAAAAUCCAGAUUCAGGGCGCUGAGAUAGAGGGUCUACUGGACAGUGGAGCCACUGUGUGUUGUCUAGUACGGCCGAUGAGACCCCGCACAGAAUGGCAGGCAAGUUUACAGUGCCAGUUACCUUUAAUAACCGAACCCGUGAGGUCACGUUUUAUCUGGUACCAACUUUGAAGAAAGAGCUAUUCCUAGGAGUAGACUUUAUGAAGGCUUUCGGAUUGUUCGCUUCUGUUGAGAGCCUCACUACCAAUGGUGUUAAUUUAUGUGAUGAAGCUGAUGGUGGGACUGGUGAGGACAGAACUGUUCAUAGCCUGUCUGAUCUACAACGGCAACGUUUGGAGAUGAUAGUGGCAAAAUUCCCCUGCUAUACCAAGAAGGGGUUGGGAAAGACAAAGUCUGAAGUCCACACCAUCGAUACCGGCGACGCAGUACCUGUGAAGAGUAAGCAUUACCCAGUUUCACCGGCAGUGCAAAAGUUGAUGUACGCGGAGCUGGAUAGGAUGUUGGCCAUGGGAGUUAUUGAGCCUAGUGAGAGUGCAUGGAGUCACCCGGUAACUCUCGUCCGCAAGGGCGAAAAGAACCGGCUAUGCUUGGACGCACGAAAGCUCAACGCUCUUACGGUCAAAGAUGCCUAUCCGCUCCCGCACAUCGAAGGUUUGCUUAGCCGGCUGGGUGAUACUUAUUUCAUCUCGAGUGUCGACUUGAAGGACGCCUUCUGGCAGAUACCCCUGGAUCAUUCAAGUAGAGAGAAGACAGCGUUC